AGGACCUUGGUGAGGUUUGGAGCAGUUCAGAGUCUCAUAUCUGCACGAGGAGCUUCCAGCCAUGUCGGACGCGGUGAUUAGUUUCAUGAAGGACUUUUUGGCUGGUGGUAUCGCCGCUGCCAUCUCCAAAACGGCCGUUGCUCCCAUCGAGCGAGUCAAGUUGUUGCUGCAGGUGCAGCAUGCCAGCAAACAGAUCACCGCAGACAAACAAUACAAAGGCAUCAUUGACUGUGUAGUUAGGAUCCCAAAGGAACAGGGCUUUCUUUCCUUCUGGAGAGGCAACCUGGCUAACGUGAUCCGUUACUUCCCCACCCAAGCCCUCAACUUUGCCUUCAAAGACAAGUACAAGAAGAUCUUUCUUGGUGGAGUGGAUCAAAAAAAACAAUUCUGGCGCUAUUUCGCCGGCAACCUGGCAUCCGGUGGUGCUGCCGGCGCCACUUCGCUCUGCUUCGUCUAUCCUCUUGACUUCGCCAGAACAAGACUUGCUGCCGACAUCGGCAAAGGCGCGUCAGAGAGGGAGUUCACUGGUCUUGGAAACUGUCUUGCCAAAAUCUUCAAAACGGACGGCAUUAGGGGACUUUAUCUCGGGUUCAACGUGUCAGUUCAGGGCAUCAUUAUCUACAGAGCAGCAUAUUUUGGAUGCUUCGACACAGCUAAAGGAAUGUUGCCAGAUCCCAAAAACACACACAUCAUCAUCAGCUGGAUGAUCGCCCAGACUGUCACUGCAGCCGCCGGUCUGGUCUCAUACCCCUUCGAUACCGUCAGACGUCGUAUGAUGAUGCAGUCUGGACGUAAAGGAGCGGACAUCAUGUAUAAGGGCACAAUCGAUUGCUGGAGGAAAAUCCUUAAGGAUGAGGGAUCAAGAGCCUUCUUCAAGGGCGCCUGGUCCAAUGUGAUCCGAGGCAUGGGUGGGGCCUUUGUGUUGGUGCUGUACGACGAAAUCAAGAAGUUCACAUACUAAACGUUCAAAUACACCAGUCCUCAAGGAAACCCUUCACCUAGCUUAAGUCUUAACGGUUCUAACAGAGUAAAACAGCUUGUGGUGAGCCACGGUGUGGGUGUGUCCUUUUUGUGACUGCCUGGCACACGUGUGCACCGGGGUUAACGCACCUCCUCGGAAUCUGUACAUAUAUCUAUGACGCACCGCAGAGCAGUGAUCAGCAGAGUUGUACUGAUGCAAAGGAUGACGUCACUACUGUUCCUGUGUAAUUAAGCAGUUUGUGCAACAGUUGCUCAGGCCCAUGUGUUCUGUUGUGAUCCUUCUUAGUCGUGUAUGACACCUCAUUCUUUUAAUAUGAAUAAAGAUUUAUUAGUA